AAGAAUUGGUUCGAUAAGAAAGAGAAAGCGAUGGGUAGUAGCAUAGCGGAGAGAUGGAGGCAGUUGAGCGGCGAGAACCACUGGGGAGGGCUUUUGGACCCUUUGGACAUUGAUCUUCGGCGUUACCUUAUUCACUAUGGAGAAAUGGGUCAGGCUACCUAUGACGCCUUCAACACCGAGAAGGCUUCAAAACAUGCUGGAAGCAGUUUGUAUGGCAAGAAAGAUUUCUUCUCUAACGUGGGUUUGGAGAAAGGUAAUCCGUACAGGUAUCAGGUGACCAAAUUCUUUUACGCCACAUCCCAAAUCCAAGUUCCCGAAGCAUUUAUAGUGAAGUCGUUGUCCAGGGAAGCAUGGAGCAAAGAAUUGAACUGGAUCGGUUAUGUGGCCGUGGUCACGGAUGAAGGGAAACAUGUUUUAGGAAGGAGGGAUAUUGUGAUUCCUUGGAGAGGAACAGUGGAGACCCUGGAAUGGAUCGAUGAUUUUGAAUUUAACUUUGUUUCGCCAGACAAAAUUUUUGGUGUUCCUUGUGAUGCUAAAGUGCAUGACGGCUGGUACUCCAUCUACACCUCGGCAGACCCACGAUCUCUGUAUAACAAAACCAGUGCCAGAGACCAAGUUCUUAACGAGAUUAUGAGACUAGUCGACCAGUUCAAGAACGAGGAGAUAAGCAUCACGGUGACCGGCCAAAGCUUAGGUGCAGCCCUCGCUACUCUGAAUGCCGUCGACAUAGUUGCCAAUGGAUAUAACGAGCCCUCGCCUGUCACAGCCUUUUUAUUCACUAGUCCUCGAGUAGGUGAUUCGGUGUUCAAGAUGAAGUUUAGAGGGUUCAGUGACCUUCGAGCGUUACGCGUCAGAAAUGCUUUAGAUGUUGUCCCCAACUACCCGUUGAUAGGGUACUGGGAUGUGGGAGAAGAACUGGCUAUUGACACCCGUAAAUCAAAGUACUUGAGGGGGUCUGGGAACUUGAAUUGGCAUGAUUUGGAAGGUUAUUUACAUGGGGUCGCAGGAACUCAAGGGAGUCAUGGAGGGUUUGACUUGGUGAUUAGUCGUGAUAUAGCGCUCCUAAACAAAUCCAUCAACGGAUUAAAGGAUGAAUACUUAGUCCCAGUGUCAUGGAAGAUUGAGAAAAACAAAGGUAUGGUCCAGCAGGAGGAUGGUUCUCGGAAAUUAACAGAUCGUCCAAGUCAAGAUGAUGAUUGAUACUUCUAAGAUAUCAUACUGUUAAAUUAAAACCUGUCGAGAAGAAAGUAAAAAAAUAUUUAAGGUUAAUGACAUUAGGUUAAUGGAGUUAGAGCUCUUAUGGAAUCGAACCAUAAGAUUGACAAUAUAUUACAUGAGU